GUGUUUACACGACUACGCAGUCGACAAAUAGUAGCAUGCCAUUUAAGUACCACUGUGCUGUAUCCGUGUGAGACACAUCCGCGUCCGGAGAAAUUCUGGUGUUUUCUCGACUAUUAACUAAUGCGUCAUCGCAGCAACAACAUAAAAAUGUGCAAUAUUGUUGUUUAAAUACACUUUUAGCCGGCACACGCUUCAGAGCCGUGUCUACGUCAAUCGUUUUCCAUGUUUCGGCCGCGCUUUGAAUCAUGGAUUUCACCAGCGUGCUGGCAAAGAGCGAAGCGCAUCAGCGCACCAUUGUACACCUCGACAUGGACUACUUUUACGCUCAGGUGGAGGAGAUACGGAACCCCACGCUGCGCACGAAAGCCUUGGGCAUACAGCAGAAGAGUAUUGUGGUCACCUGCAACUAUGUGGCGAGGGCUCGAGGCGUGCACAAGCUCAUGCUCGUCGAGGAUGCCCUGCAACUGUGCCCGGAUCUGGUCUUGGUCAAUGGCGAAGACCUGACGCCAUACCGUCUCAUGUCGCAGAAGAUCUUCGAUUUGCUCCUCAACUACACUCCCAUGGUGGAAAAACUCGGAUUCGAUGAGAACUUUAUGGAUGUGUCAGCCCUGGUGGAACUACGGCAAGCCCAUGCCGCCGAGGCGCAACAAAAGCCGCCCGUUGGACACACUUAUCCGGACGAUGGCACACCGUUGACCACCUGCUCCUGCGGCUGUGCCCAGCGCCUGGCCAUUGGCACCCGCAUUGCUCAGGAAAUACGGGAGGAGCUGAAGCUGCGGCUGGGCAUAACCUGUUGCGCCGGAAUCUCCUACAACAAGCUAUUGGCCAAACUGGUGGGCAGCAGCCACAAGCCCAACCAGCAGACCGUCCUGGUGUCCACAUAUGCGGAGCAGUUCAUGCGGGAGCUGUUUGAUCUGAAGCGUGUGACGGGUAUUGGCCAGAAAACACAAUGCCUGCUCCUCGAGGCGGGUAUGUCUACGAUUGAGCAGCUGCAGCAGUGUGACAUGGACGUUAUGCGCAAGAAGUUUGGCUUCGAGACAGCCACCAAGCUGAGGGACUUGGCAUUUGGUCGCGACUCGAGUACGGUACGUCCCACCGGCAAGCCGAAAACCAUUGGCAUGGAGGACGCCUGCAAGCCCAUAUCAGUGUGCACAGAUGUGGAGGAGCGUUUCCGCAUGCUACUCAUCAGGCUAAUCGAACAGGUGGCAGAAGAUGGACGCAUACCGAUUGCCAUUAAAGUUGUGCUGAGGAAAUAUGAUUCGCAGAAGAAAAGCAGUCACCGUGAGACAAAGCAGGCAAACAUUUUGCCAUCCCUGUUUAAGACCUCCAUGUGCGCGGGCGAGAUGGGAGUGUGCAAAGUGCAGAUGGCGGAUGGGGCACAGGAUAAGCUGCUUAAGAUCGUAAUGCGACUGUUUGAGCGCAUUGUGGAUCUAAAUAAGCCAUUCAAUAUCACCCUAAUUGGAUUGGCCUUCUCCAAGUUCCAAGAGCGCAAAGUGGGCUCCUCGUCCAUAGCCAAUUUCCUCAUCAAGAAGGCAGAUCUAGAGGUGCAGGCAAUAACGUCACUGACCAACACGAGUCUCACAAGUCCAACGGCAGAGAGUCCGACCUCCGAUGAGACGGCAUUCCGCUCCUCGCCGACCACCUUCAAGCCAAGUGAUCAAUUCUAUAGGCGACGCGCCACCACAGCCUCGCCCAUCCCCAUGCUGCUGGAUAAUGGCUCCGAGUCGGCGGCAACCAAUUCGGACGUUUCGGACUUCUCGGAAACCGAAGUGGAGCCAUCGCCAAAGAAGAGCCGCAUCGGCCGCAUGCUGGUCUCGAAGCGCAGUCGCUUGGCGGUGGAUGUGAUGGACACCGCUGCCGAUGUGGCGUCUCCCAGCAAGCUGCGUGUCUGUGAUCUGCGUCUCAACUCUCGUGACAGCGAAAAGGAUUUUCCUAUGAGUCCCAUUGCCAGCAGCACCACUCCAUCCACAUCGGCAGGCGGAUGCUCCGCGGUUGCUCCUCGAUUCCGGACAAUUCAGCCGCCCAACACGCUACUAAAUCGGAUUGAUGGUAGCCUUCGCUUCAUGGCCACGCGCACAGCCCGUCGGAUUAGCUCGAACGCCAGCUCGACAGCCUCGUCGCCACUGCCCUCACCCAUGGAUGAUUCCAUGAGCGCUCCCUGCACGCCGACCACGACAGCACCCGAUUCGCUGCCAGGUCCAAACAAUAAUAGCUGCACAGUCAGCGAGGCCAAUGAUGUUCUAACGGAGAUCGCCUGCCCGGCUGGUGUCGAUGCUGAAGUUUUCAAGGAGCUGCCUGUUGAGCUGCAAAACGAAUUGAUUGCUUCCUGGCGCAGUUCUCUGGUGGCUGCAGUGGAGCAGACAGCUGCGGCGGCGGCUACCACAACAGCGAAUAGUGUGGCCACAGCCAGAGCGGGUGCACCAGCAACGGCCAGCGCUGGUGCACGGAAUCGACCCGAGAAGAACACGCUGUAUCGCUAUUUUUUGAGAAAUAAGUGAUGCAGUGCAUCUCCACGCAUCACACAUAGUUUCUAGUUGUAAGAAAAUCAAUUGAAAAAUCCGUUUAUAUAUUAUAUAUUAUAUUUUUGUAGGUAUACGGUUACAUACAUAUAAUUAUUGUUAUUUAAUAGGGUGCUAAAAUUGGACGAGCUUAUGCUAGGAUAUAUCCAUCAUCGUCAUCAAUCAGUAAGAUAAAAACAUGGAGUACUCAGCGUACAAACUUGUUGCUCGAGACUUACACUAACACAAUUUGGGCCGACUAAAUAGACAUAAGCAAAGACACAACACAUCCAUGAAGAGAUUAUCAACAUCUCAUGAAUAUGAAUAUACGAUGUAUCCUAGCAUGGGGCAGUCCGUGGCAGCUGAGAGCUUAGCGAUUAUACAUACAAAUUCAUUGUUGCACAUUUGCAAUAGAUUUAUUACUUCAUUUACAAUUUCAUUAACCUUAUACAUUAUUCAAUUGGUUGGGGUGUGUGUGUUUGUGUGUGUGGCCUACUUACGCAUAGAUAAUACAAAAGAUCUGAACCUUGAUCGGGCGCUAACAUCUCUCCUCACGCGAAGGAACAAUAUUUUUAGCUAAUUGAAUGAAGGGGUAGGCGGGGGAGUGGGACACAAAAGUGUCUGAACGUCUGAGCCUGACUUGAUACAAGUGAGAUCUAAAUACAUAAUGGAUUUAGUUAUUGUUUGUAUGUGUUGGUUUUUUGUAGUUUCACCUCCAAAUGAUGGCAACAAAAGUUGAACAGUCGAAAAUUGUUGUCUUUUUAUAAUUUAUACAUACUAAACGACGCUUUCCAAAAUAAAAGUGAAGUCCCUAAGUCA